AUGGCCACCAAUAACGCAACCCAGGCGGAUACUUCCAUAUUUGGCCGUAUUUUCGCGCGGUUUACUGACGAAUUUUACUUACUCUUCAGACUCAUCUUUGCCCUGCUGGUGUUCCUGCACGGCAUUCAGAAAGCGUUCCUGCUGUGGAAUUUCCCCGCCGGAGCGAAUCCCAACGGGCUGGGCGCUCUGGUAGACCUGGCCGGAUGGAUAGAGAUUAUCGCAGCCAUCCUGAUUGCCACCGGCGUCUUAACUCGCCUGGGGGCGGGAGCCCUGGCCGUGAGCAUGAUUGUCGCCUACUUCGGAGUGCAUGCCGCCCUCAGCCCGGUCUGGCCAUGGCCGCACCUGUACCCGAACCCUCCGGACGGCGGCAACGCUUUCGUCGCCCACGGCGGCGAAGUUACCAUCCUCUGGUUCAUCUGCGCCGGCAUCAUCGGUAUCUUGGGCAGCCGGAAGUAUGGCUUGGAGCGCCUGUUCCUCAAGAAGGAAAUCCUCUAG